GUGUGUUUGUUGGUGAUGCCACCCUCCUCUUCCUAAGUCCGAAUACAACACAGCCAAGAAAAGAAAGCAAAGAUUCCCACUUCCUCAUUUUUUCAGAAUCACAAACCAAGAAAGGAAGACAGACCCUUUUUCUUAGAGAAACAGCUGUUUGGAAGCUUUGGAUUAUCCGCAGCAACAUGAACCAAAAGGCUAACGUUUCUAAAGAGCUUAAUGCCAAGCACAGAAAGAUAUUGGAAGGUCUUCUUAAAUUGCCAGAGAACAGAGAAUGUGCAGACUGCAAAGCCAUAGCUCCACGAUGGGCUAGUGUCAAUCUCGGGAUCUUUAUAUGCAUGCAGUGUUCUGGGGCCCAUAGAAGUCUUGGGGUACACAUAUCAAAGGUGAGAUCUGCCACUUUGGACACAUGGCUUCCAGAGCAGAUUGCAUUUAUCCAAUCGAUGGGAAAUGAGAAAUCGAACAGUUACUGGGAAGCAGAGUUGCCUCCUAAUUAUGACAGAGUUGGAAUCGAGAAUUUCAUCCGUGCAAAGUAUGAAUCGAAAAAAUGGGUUCCCAGGGAUGACAAACUAAAAUCACCUCCCAGGGUGACUGCGCAGAAAACUUCUGUUUAUGGAGCAAGCCCUGAAAUUAGAAGCAAGCAUGGCGAUGUCAGAAAUAUUGAACAGUCUUAUGAGCAGAAAGUUGCUCAUCCACCUGGUAGAAUAAACAGGAUACCACAGCAGGUUAGUGAUGAUUUGAAACCGAAAAACAUGGAAAAGAAAUCACCAGAAGCUAGUCAAAAACCACAAGAACUUGAGCAGAAAACAGAUCCAGUAGCUCCAAAACCUGAACCAACAAGUCAUAGAGCCAGUGCUACUCCAAUUUCCGCACCAGUUAAAGUGGACUAUGCUACUGAUUUGUUCAAUAUGCUCUCCAUGGAGGAAUCAAGAGGAAGUGGCUCCAUGACAUUUGCCAAUAACAUUACAUUGGCUACUAUGCAUUCUGCUGAAACAAAACUGGCAGAAGAGAAAAACAAUGCACCAAAAUCAUCUGAAAGCAAGGUGCAAUCAAAAUAUGGUAUUGAGGAUUUGUUUAUAGAUUCUCCAUCAACCACUCAAACCUUUUCAGUGAAACCUCAGACUGAUGUCAAGAAUGACAUUAUAAACUUAUUUGAGAAGUCAAGUAUAGUUUCUCCAUUCUCGAUGCAUCAACAACAACAAGAAGCAAUGCUCUCCCAACAACAUUCAUUACUAAUGGCUGCUGCGCCAAAUUCUAGCGGAUCCCAUUCCUUUUCUUCAAGUUUACAACCUGCCUCCCAAGCUGUUCACUUGCCCACACAAAAUGGGCGAAGCGUUGGCCAACAAGUUCCUGGCAACCCAACGCCGCCUAAUCUACAAUAUUAUAGUCAGAUUGGGAAUGGUUAUCAUGCACGUCCAAUAGGCAAUGCAGUUUCAUACUCGACAUCAAGCAUGUAUAUGAUGAGGCCGGUAGCUCCGAUCAACGGUGUCAGAAGCAUUGGAGGAAGCAGAGUUUCAACACCACCGCCAAAAUCUUCUGUCACUCCAACUCCCUCAGGAAGGGACUUUGAUUUUUCAUCGUUAACUCAAGGAUUGUUUACUAAACGAUGACAAGUUAAUCGUUUGUGGGUGAAAUGACCAAAUAUGGGAGCAUUUUAUAGUUGAUUACUCAUUCAUAGUUGAUUCCUUAAUCUUUAUUCAUUAAGAUGGUGACUUCAAUUGUAUCAGCAGACAGCAGGCCUUGUCUUCAAUAAAGUUAGGUUCAUAUUUCUUGGCCUCAA